AUGAGUUUGUUAAAUUACAGUAUAUUAUGCCAAUCGGAAACGAAGUUCCUAUUGACAAGCGAAACUAACGCGAGCCAUUUACAAGAGGGCCAAAGGCCAAAUUGCAAGGCACCUUCUGAUAUGAGUUCAUUGGACGCAUUAAUAGAGGUCCUCGAAUCCCUAAUGCCCGAGGAAGUAAAGAGGCAAAUCAAACAGUCAGCCGAAUCUGAGCCUGGCUACGGAGAGGUAGGUAGCCAAAAGUUCUCCGCCUUCACCGAAAUGGACGAAUGUUUUAAAGAAUGUCGCGAUCAACCUAGGGAGAACAGGUUAGAUCUUCUUAUCGACGCCCUUAAACAACAAAUGCCACCCACUGUAAAGAUGCUAAUCCAACAAGAGCAAGAUCGGCUGGACGAAGAAUUGAUGGAGUGUCAUGAAGAAUUGCCCGAAUCUAGCGCCUCGAGCUCGUUAAGCUCGAUUGAUGAUGAAGAGGUCGACUCUGAGCUAGGCUGGUCCCCACAUGAUGACGAAGAUCCGAUGCUCGACAAUAGCAGUGAUGUACAGGAAGCGUUAAAUGAAGAACGAUCUAUUGAGGAAAUCGAUAGAGAAACUCCAGAACUCAACAAUGAUCUGGAGGAAGAGGCUGCCUAUAGUUCCCGCGGGGACAUCCCGUGCGUGUUAGACCCUUCGCGUAGAUGCUCGACGGCGUCAACUUCGUCUAGAGGAACGGAUAUUCUGGACGAAUGCAAAAAGAGACGUGGAUCUGGGGCCAGACCUUACAGAUGUAACGUGUGUAACUGCGGCUUCGGUCACAAGUCCACAUUAAGAAAUCACUAUCGCAUUCAUACCGGUGAACGACCUCAUCGAUGCUGCGUUUGCCUAAAGAGUUUUUCGCAGAUCGGAAACCUGAAGAGACAUCUUGCCCAGCAUGCAAAUUUGGCGCUUUCUUGCCCUCGGUGCGGUGUAAUCUUCGCGUUUGGCCAUCUGCUUCAAGUACAUCUUCGCUCGUGCCGAAAACAGGCGCAAUCCCAUGAACGACAAUUGAAUAGGUUGCCCAACUGCAAAAGUAAUAGCAGCAGUGGUAAGGGAACUAUGAGCGCCACAGUGAAAAUGGCAGAAACACAUGCGAAAGACACAUUCUUGGUCGCCGCCCAGCUUUCGGCCGUAGACGAGGACAGCUCCGUUGCAGAGGUGACAACGGCAUGGCCUUCCGAAAAACCCGGAAAACAAGUCAAACUGUGGACCAUGUAUCCUUGUCCACAUUGUGACAAGGUGCUUACUUGGCAGUACGACCUGAGGCAGCACAUGGAGUCACAUCGUCGGCUGCGCUUCUUCAAAGGCGCAAAACGUAACGACGGCGGAACAACGCGUCCCGUGAGCGUUUGUACUACUGAGAAAGUUGUUAACCCAAGCACGGCAUGCAGGACUGAUACCCGCAGCCGAAGUCGUGCGGGUUCACUUUAGUUCAGCGUCAUGGAUAUAACGGACAGUUAAGAUGAUUUCGACGAGCUAACGUAUUAUGUGAUAUAAUGAGCUUUCGACUGGGUCCUCAUCUUCCCAUACACGAGCUCAGCUCUUACGACCUAAGUAGACUAUUUGAAUUUUUCGAAGAACAAGAAGCUUAUCGCGUUCCAUGACGUUGUCAACCUUCUACGUCGGUGCUGUGACGACUGUUAUAUAUAUAUAGUGUAUAUCGCAAAUGGAAUAGGUAACAUUCAGUACUAUGUAUAAAGAAUCACAUUCAAACAACAAACACUUACAGUUUAUAAUGCCCGCUCUCCUCCGGAGUACGAGUUGACAAAGUGAUAUGAAGUUAGUUAUAAGAUCUAGUCAGCUAGUUACCUUUUUUUUUUUGAAUUAAUUACAAAUAAUAAAAACAGUUGAAAAUAUGAGUUACCAACAGUUAGAUGCAGCUAAAAUUAUG